CAGGGUUACUGUACGGGAGUCCGUCGCUUCCGGUCCAUACCGAGUGGCUGUUUUGCCGGUGGCUGUGAGCUUUACCUGGGCUGUUCCGGUGGAAGAGCUGGGAGUGAUGUUUGCCCCUGUUCCCUGGACUGUACGCUGACAGGCGUCAUGUAUUUCCUCAGCGGCUGGCCCAAGAGGCUGCUAUGCCCCUUGAAGAGUGUGGAGAAGCCUUUUCAUAUUCAGCCAGACCCGCAGCGACUAUUGCUGGCAGUGUUGUCCCACACACAGCUCAGUAUAUGGUACAGCAGGCCCAGUGUAUUAAUAGCAAGUUACAAGGAGUCUGCAAAGGCAGCAGCCCAGUUUGGAGCUUACAAGCUGUCAGAAUGGAGGCCGGACAGUCGUGUCAUUGUUGUUACAACUGCUAAUGGAUACAUCCUCUUCUUUGACAUUGUUCCUGUUGCUGAGGAGAAGUACUUGUAUGAACCUGUGUAUCCAAAAGGGAGUUCUCAUGUGAAGAUGAUACCUCAUUACAAGGAGGAACAGUGUGCUCCAGCAUUAAAUUUAGAAACAAAGAAAGUACUUGAUUUACAGGCUCCAAUAACAAGCAUCCAAUCCAUGAUGAAUGACCUACUGGUGGCCACUGAGGAUUGCUUGCUUCACCUCAUUCAUUGGGAAGGCAUGACCAAUGGAAGGAAAGCUAUCAACUUGGCUACUAUUCCUUUCUCGGUAGAUUUGCAGCCAUCCAGAGCAGGUUCAUUCUUAGAUUUUGAGGGUGUCCACAUCCGGGAUAUGGAGCACUGUGUAACUCUCGAUGGGUUUGCUGUUGUUUUUAAUGAUGGUCGCAUUGGAUUCAUCACACCAGUGUCAAGUACAGCAGAUCAAAUCCAUGGGGUUUGGGCACAGGACGUUGUUGAUGGAACCUGUGUGGCAGUAAACAAUAAAUACAGAUUAAUGGCAUUUGGAUGUGCUAAUGGCUCUGUGCUGGUAUACACAGUAGACAACACAACUGGCGCUAUGCAGCUUUCUCAUAAAUUGGAGCUCACUCCUAAGCAGUACCCAGAUAUCUGGAACAAAACUGGAUCAGUGAAGCUAAUACGGUGGUCACCUGAUAAUAGUGUUGUCAUGGUGACUUGGGAAUGUGGAGGAUUUUCCCUGUGGAGUGUAUUUGGGGCACAUCUGAUUUGUACUCUUGGAGGAGACUUUGCUUACAGAGCAGAUGGCACAAAGAAAGAAACACUGAAAAUCAGCUCAAUGAGCUGGGGACCUGAAGGCUACCACCUAUGGGCAAUUCCAUCAGAUUGCACUGGACAUGUGGCAAGUGACCUAACUGUACCCAAGCAGUCUGGAAUACUCCAAUUUCAGUUUAUUAAGAGUGCUCUUACUGUGAACCCAUGUAUGAGCAACCAAGAGCAAGUAUUGCUCCAAGGAGAAGAUCGCUUGUACUUGAACUGCGGGGAUGCAACUCAGACACAGCACGUUAGAAGCUCUUCAUCACAUCCUGAGCACAAGUCUAUACGUGACAGAAGUCAAUUCCCUGUAGGAAAUAUUGAUUCUCAGGGCUUAAGCACUUUACUGGGACAUAGACACUGGCACGUUGUGCAGAUACACAGUACCUACCUUGAGAGCAAUUGGCCAAUUAAAUAUUCUGCCAUAGACAAGAUUGGACAAAAUGUUGCAGUUUCCGGAAAAUGUGGAUUUGCACACUACUCUUUAUUAACCAAGAAAUGGAAGCUGUUUGGAAAUAUCACUCAAGAACAGAACAUGAUGGUAACGGGAGGACUGGCUUGGUGGAAUGACUUCAUUGUUCUAGCAUGUUAUAAUGUAAAUGAUCAGAAAGAAGAGCUAAGAGUUUAUCUUCGUACAUCCAACCUAGACAAUGCUUUUGCACAUGUAACCAAAGUGCAGCUGGAUACAUUGCUUCUAAGUGUUUUCAGAGAUAUGUUGAUUAUUUUCCGAGCGGACUGUUCUUUAUGCCUCUACAGUAUUGAAAGAAAAUCUGAAGGUCCUCAUCCUUUGGUCUGUUUACAAGUCCUUCAGGAAGUGUCAAUGUCUCGGUACAUUCCCCACCCUUCACUUGUUGUAUCCGUUACCCUGACGUCUGUGAGGACAGAGACUGGCAUUUCGCUAAAAAUGCCCCAACAGGCAUGUGAUGCAGAAAGCAUUAUGUUGAAUCUAGCCGGCCAGCUCAUAAUGUUACAAAGGGAUCGGUCAGGUCCUCAAAUCCGUGAAAAAGAAGCCACCUUACAGCAGCGAAAACUUCUGCCGUUUUGUGCCCCCGUGGUCCUAGCACAGUCUGUGGAAAAUGUCUGGAGCACCUGUCGGGCCAACAAGCAGAAGCGCCAUCUGCUGGAGGCAUUGUGGCUUAGCUGUGGUGGAGCAGGCAUGAAGGUUUGGCUUCCUUUGUUCCCCAGAGAUCAUCGAAAACCACAUUCCUUUUUGUCCAGACGGAUAAUGCUGCCUUUUCACAUCAACAUCUACCCACUUGCAGUUCUGUUUGAAGAUGCUCUUGUUCUCGGAGCCAUCAAUGAGACUGUGGCUUAUGACUGUUUAAACAACCUAGGCUCUCCUGCUGAACAUUUGGAGGCACAGUUCCCUUACUGUAUUGUAGAGAGGACCUCACAGAUCUACCUCCACCACAUCCUAAGACAGCUGUUGGUCAGGAAUUUAGGAGAGCAAGCUUUACUCUUAGCCCACUCGUGUGCCUCUUUACCUUAUUUCCCACAUGUGCUAGAACUCAUGCUCCAUGAAGUAUUGGAAGAAGAAGCUACCUCACGGGAACCCAUUCCCGACCCACUGCUUCCCACCGUGGCUAAAUUCAUCACAGAAUUCCCACUCUUUCUUCAGACAGUGGUGCAUUGUGCUCGGAAGACAGAGUAUGCCCUUUGGAAUUACCUAUUUGCUGCUGUAGGCAACCCUAAGGACUUGUUUGAGGAGUGCCUAAUGGCUCAGGACCUGGACACAGCUGCUUCUUAUCUCAUUAUCCUCCAGAACAUGGAGGCAGCAGCAGUAAGCAGGCAGCAUGCAACUCUCCUAUUUAACACUGCACUGGAGCAGGGCAAGUGGGAUCUUUGCAGGCACAUGAUACGAUUUCUGAAGGCUAUCGGAUCUGGUGAAUGUGAGACUCCUCCAGCUACUCCCACUUCACAGGAGCCAAGCUCUACUGGUGGUUUUGAAUUCUUUAGAAACCGCAGCAUAAGUUUAUCCCAAUGUGCUGAGAAUCUUCCUGUUGGAAAGUUUAGCCUUCAGAAAACUCUGAGCAUGCCUUCUGGCCCUGCUGGCAAAAGGUGGAGUAAAGACAGUGACUGCGCAGAGAACAUGUACAUAGAUAUGAUGUUGUGGAGGCAUGCUCGGAGGUUGCUGGAAGAAAUCCGGCUAAAAGACCUUGGCUGUUUCUCUGCACAGCUGGGAUUUGAGCUGAUAGGUUGGCUAUGCAAAGAACGCACACGGGCGGCACGGGUGGAAGAUUUUGUUACUGCCUUGAAGAAGCUUCAUAAGGAUUUCCUUUGGCCUUUUCCAGUCAUACCAGUCUCUUCUAUCAGCUCUCCAUUCAAGAAUGGCAAAUUCCGAACAGCAAUUGGAGAGCAGUUCCUGAAAUCUCAGUCUACUGAUAACUUUCUGGAUGUGGAUAGUGGCCUUCCUCGAAGUCACACUUGGAUGGGAAGUAUUGGAACUGCUCAUCGAGAGAUGGACACUGCCUCAUCUCACAGUCCCCACACUCAGGAUGCCCUCCUUUCUCCUUUAUUAAGUAAAGGAGAUGAAUGUAGCAUUGGUUCAGCAACUGACCUCACUGAAACAAGUUCAAUGGUGGAUGGGGACUGGACAAUGGUAGAUGAGAAUUUCUCCACUCUGAGCCUGACCCAGUCAGAACUAGAACACAUUUCAAUGGAGCUGGCCAACAAGGGACCUCAUAAAUCUCAAGUCCAAUUACGUUACCUGUUGCAUGUUUUCAUGGAGGCAGGCUGUCUGGAGUGGUGUGUGAUUGUUGGUCUUAUACUGCGAGAUUCUUCAGUCAUUAACCAAGUGUUCAACUAUUUGCAAUGCCCUGAAGUUGCAGAGGAGAUGUUACAGGGCAUUCAGAAUGGAAUACAGGCUGUGGAUGCCUGGGCCCUUAAUGACUGCCCUGGAUACAAGCCAUUUCUAAACAUAAUAAAACCUCAGCUACAGAAGAUAAGUGAAGUGACAGUGGAACAAGUCCAACCUGAAGCUUUUCAGCCCACAGUCAUCUCAAAGGUCACAGAGCAAUCCAGCCCCAGGGCAGAAGACAGCCGCAGCUCCACCAGCCACAGUGCCAGCCCUCAAAGUGACACUAGCAGCUGUAACGUCAGCAGACAUGAGGAGAAUGUGUUAAGGCAAGAGCCAGAUGAGGCUCUUCAAGAGGGAAGUUAUGACUGCAUUAUCUCUUAAUGCCAAUUGAAUUCCUCCGGCUUUAUUCACAACAGUAUUAUAGACUGAAUCAAUCACACGUGGCUGGUUGUAAAGCUGACAGUUUUAAUGGGUGCAACUUUUCUUUUCCUCAGCGGUUUCCAAGAAACCAUAACUCUGCAGAUUUGAAGCCUUAUGUUUGUGUUUUGUUUGUAUAUAUAUUUUUUUCCUAAAUACAUUUUUAUUCUUAUUAAUGUAAACUCAAGGCAGUGUUCAUCAGGAACCAAUUGCUCCUAUAUCCUGCAUACAGAGCUGUUCUGAGCUAUAUGGUAAGAUGAUAAAUGUACAGCAAGUGUUUGUGUGUGUGUGAGAUUUCUGCUAGAGAAUCUGGAGUUAAAAAAAUCACCAUUUUAAUCUUACACCUUUAUGUGGUUCUACCGACAAUUUCAUGUUGGAGCGGUUACAUAUUUUCAGCUUCAGCCACUUAUUUAUUUCAUCCUCUUGCAACCAAACAACUGCACGAGUUUUUGGGUCUCCUCCGUUUUUUGGAGGAGUAUUUGUCAGCUGUUGGAAUACAUGUUCUGACUGGAGUCAUCCACUUUGAUGGAUCAGCAGACUUUGACAUUGCUGAACAUUUUGGGUGCUAUGAUCUUUAUUUCAUACAUCUGAAAACGUUUGGUAUUAGUGUAAAUAAUGUGUAUUUUUGUGAAUACUCUCCCUAACAUUAUAAAGAUUGCCGUUUAUAAUUAUGAAUUUGUAAGAUAAAGUUGCAGGGUGCUAGCCUGCCACUAGCUGGAAAGCCAUUUUUUUGCACUUUGCAGUGGACACGACACUCUCUAAUAUAAUUUCUUCAACUACACUGUGCUUCUACAGAAUCUUCAUUUUAAAUAAAACCAACCAACCAGCUUAUGCUGCCUCCCUGAGGACAGUUUAAAGUAAGGACAGACACUCUGAUUUUACUUAAAGUGCUGUCAUCGUGCUGCAAUGGUUAUCCUGUAUAUUCUACACAACUAAAACUCAUACGCACAUUGAUGAUGGAGGUUGAAAUUGGAGUGUCUGCCACUUCUUCAUGCUGCACUUAGAAAGGGCAGCAUAAUUGGGCUGACAGGUUCCCUUUAAAGAGAAUCUGUUAGUUCUAAUAUUUCUGGUUUAGUAUAUACUUGUAUUUCCCAUCAUUUAACUAUUCUGCUGUGUACUAUUCCUCUGUUAUUCCUUCUGGAGAUUGAUAAAUAGACAACUGGUUGUUACAAACCCCCCCCUUGUCAAGAGGGGUGUGCUCCUAAUCAUUGUGACUCUCAGCACUGACUGGAUGGUGUCACUGUGUGGGAACACUUUCCCAAAUGGCAACACCUAGUUGUCAAAUUAUUUGUAAAUAUCUAGGAGGAAUAACCGAGGAAUGGCACAAUACGGAGCGAUAAGAAAAGAUGAUUUCAUGGGGAAUACAAGUAUUUAUUAAUAAGACCUGUCAGGUUUGCUGACUGAUCCUCUUUAACUACUGUGACUGACCCCAGAACAAAUCCUUCUGUUGUCUAGCUUUUUAUAUAAGGUACAGUAAGGUUUUUAUUUAUUACCUUUGUACAAUAAUUCACUUAAACAGCAUUUAUUUUGUAAAUAAAGUCAGCAAUUAUGUUUCAUAAAAUUUGAAAUAUUGUUUUCCACUAUAGGCAAAAUUGUAUUUUUGACAUUUUAUUAUUACUCUGACUUCCAUCAUGUUUUACCUUCCAUACACUGCGUGUUUAAAUGAAAAACAAGAUGAUAUAUGUACACUUUGUCAACCUUCAUCUCUUUCCAUUGUUGAUGUCCCCAGAUCUGUAAACUAAGGCUGAUAUUCACACAUUACAGUAUUAAGGUAUAGAAAUCAG